AACAUCGGCACUCGGUUAAACGCUUACCCCACGGCCCAAGGGAUGCAAAACUUUUUUUUUUUGUUAAAAUAAUAAUUUCAUCCGAGAGGUGACCUCUUGUUAAUAAAGUUAAUUUGUAGACGUUUGGUGGCCUGGGGACCGCGAUCGGCGGCUCUUCCGGCUUUUAGAGUGUGUAAGCACAUCUUGCAAAGAUGGUGGUUUCUCGUGGCAUGUUCCAUCUAGGUUGUGGAAUAUUUUAUAUUUAUGGUACAUAUUACGACAUGCAAAUUGUGACAGAGCAUAUAUUGAGUUAUGGAGGAAGGCUGAAGUAUCUGACAUUUUUAAAUUUGGUUUGCCAGUUGAUAUACUUUAUUAUUGCUCCCUGUGCCGAUAUUCUGACUCUUUUAAAGGGACAUGAAGACAACUGGCUUGUCAGACUUCGUGAUACAGUGUUUUGUGCACUAGCAUUUCCUCUUGGUGUGUUUGUAGCUGCCACAUUUUGGGGUAUCUAUAUGAUUGACAGAAAUUUAAUUUUUCCUGUUGCAAUGGAUGCGAUAAUUCCACCAUGGUUGAAUCACCUUUUGGUAAGUGAGAAAUGCUUUUUUUUAAUAGCACAAAUAUUCACUGGAUGUCAUUUAAGGUGAAGUCUGCAUACAAGCCAGGGGAUCCAUCAGGCUGGCACUUACAGUAUCUCCAGUUCCUGUAGCAUGAAGCGACAAGGAGUAUUAGCCUGCAGUGCAGGCAUUUUAUAGCAGUAUUAGCUAGUGAUCAAGUAGAUUUGCGGCCAUGUUGGUUUAGAAAAAGUGGACGGGGAGGGGGGUGGGGAAGUAGAGGAAGGAAAAGACGUAUUUUUCCUCCCCCUCCCCCGUUACUCCUCUUUCAGCCUAACACCCACUCCCUAGGACACCUUUUCGUCUCUCCCCAAGCCUCUUACGAGUUUGAAUCCAAGAUGGUGCUCGCUUAGUCAAAAUGCGCUCGAUUGCUCGCCAAAAUACGCCUGCAUUACAGGCUAAGGAGUAUUUCUAUGCCCGACUGGAUAGAAUGCUAAUUAGUCAAUUGCACGGCUAUCCCCAGUAUUAAAUUUCCCGUUACCCAUUUAUACACCUGGGAGGAGAGAGGCAUGGUGAGAGUUAAGUGUCUUGACCAAGACCACAACACAAUGUCCUUGGCUGGGGGCUUGAACAUGGGCUGAACGAUCUGGAGUCAAAUGCACAAACCAUGAGGCCACUGCACCUGCCACCUGGAUGUUGUGUACAAGUCAAGACUGUAUACAUGUACAUGUAUACUCUCUUUCCUUA